AUGACUAUUACAGCCUGCCAGAAGGUUACGCUGAUAUCGUGCUCUGUUCUCUGCGUUUCUCUCUUCCUGCCCAGGAUGCUGUGGCCCCGAGGGAAGACGGAGGAAGGCCAGCCUGAGGUUGGGCCCGGCUUCUCCCCUUCAGUAACCAAUCGGAUCUCAGCACCAGCUGACCCGGAGCAGUGGGAUGUGGAUCUGUCUCCUUCCCUCACUCACACAGUCGAGGUCAUGGUGAAAGUGAAAAGCAUGGAACGAGGCAGAAAAUACAACCUCGUGGCUAAAGUGAUCCCCGUCUAUGGCUUUGGGAUCUUGCUUUACAUCCUUUAUAUUAUCCAUAAGCUGUCAUUUAAGGAGAAGAUGAAUAAAUCAGGAAUCUACUCUGUGGUCAAAAUGACCAACGUGCCGAAUACGACCAGUUCUGAUAAUGAGCUCGCCAGGCUUCAUCAGAGACUCGUGCGGGCAGAGAUGAUGAUGGAGAGGAUCAUCUCCGAGAAAGGCCCCUGCUCUUCCAGAAGGAGGAAGACUAAAAGCUCGACAUCAAAGAAGGAAGAGAAACUCCUGAGGCAGCUCCGACAGAUCUCGCUGCUGAUGCAGGAGGGCCGGUUGGAGGGAGCCUCCCCGGAGAUGGAGGCUGAGGAGGUCCCUUAUGGUGCAGACUGGGAAGGCUACCCAGCGGAGACGUACCCACAAUAUGAGCCCAGUUACAGACACGGGUUUGAGAAGUUUAGACUGGAGGAACCCCCCAGUCAGCCCACUGCUGAGGCGCUAGCAGAGAGGAUGGAACAGGAAGAGGAAGAGAUCAUGGCAAGGAAGCUGUCCAUAGUGCAGGAGGAAGACGAGGAGGAAGAGGACAGAGAGGAAAAAGAUUUAAAUGAGGAGGAAGAGGAACUGGAUGAAGGAGAAGAAGAAAUGGAGGGUGUAGAGGAAGGCAUCAAAGAGGAGGAGGAGGAGGAGGAAGAGGAGGAGGAGGAAGAGGAGAAAAAGCAGUUGCUCAGUCCUGCUCCGUCUGCAGUUGAGAGCAAACAGAAGAGAGUUGGUUUAGAGGUGAGCAGAGAGCUGCAGCAGCGCACUGCAGAGAAGAAGCAAAUCAGCUUCAGUGACCACAAACGUGUCUUCCACUACCCCAAAGAGGAAACAUUUGAGGAGGAAGAGGAGAGGGAAGGCGAGGCAGAAGAUGAUGAUGAAGGGACACAGGUGGAGGAAGACGCUGAUGACGAUGAUGAUCCACUGACAGAGGCAGAGAGCCUGCAGUUCAGCUGUGAAGGUUCCUCAAACCCAGAGGAAGAUGCAGAGGAGGAGACAGAAGAGUAUUUGCUAACGCUAGCUCCAGAGGAGGAAGAAGGUCGUCUCCAAGAAGACAAAACUGAUGGACAGAGCGGGCUGAGGAUGCGAAGCAGGAGAGGAACAUAAAGAACGUUUCUGUGUUU